AUGGAUUCUAAUCUUAAGCUUUCGAAGUUGAUGGCGAUUUCAGUGUUGUUAGUAUUAUUGAGGUUGAGAAGCUGGGCAAAUGCAAAGCCCGAAGUGCCCUGUUUCUUUAUUUUCGGGGAUUCGUUUUCGGAUAAUGGAAACAACAAUGACCUUAAAACAUUGGCCAAGGUAGAUUAUCCGCCGUACGGGAAUGAUUUUCCUUUGGGACCAACAGGAAGGUUUACCAAUGGCCGAAACCUACAAGAUUUUAUCGUUGAGCUUUUGGGGUUCAAAAAUUAUAUACCUUCUUUCUCCGAAGUAAAAGAGACCGGGAAAAACAUCCUUAGAGGUGUGAACUAUGCGUCCGGUUCUGCAGGCAUUCUCGACGAAACCGGAAAAUAUAAUGGUGCUCGGAUACCCUUGACCCAGCAGAUUAUACAAAAUCACAAAAUUAUUAUUCAAGACAUAACUAAGGGAAUGCAAAACGAUCUACCAGCGGCAAAAAAGCUUCUAAACAAAUGCAUUUAUUCGAUUCAAGUCGGAAGCAAUGACUACAUCAACAAUUAUUUCAUACCGAAAUUCUAUGACACCAGCCGACGUUAUAGUCUAUCAGCAUUUACCGACCUGCUCAUUCAACAACUUUCAAACCAAAUUAAGGUUUUGUACGAUAACAGUGCAAGGAAGUUUGCCGUGUAUGGACUACCGCCGAUCGGUUGCACCCCGAAUGCGAUUUCGCUGUAUGGGACCACAAAUGGGUCACCUUGUGUAGACAAGUUGAACCAGGCUGCAGUCAUCUUCAAUGAAAAACUCACGCCACUUAUCUACCAACUUAACAACAAUCUAACCCAUGCUAAAUUUACCUAUCUCAAUCCUUCCGGGUCUCCAAUCGAUCCCGCAGAAAUCGUGAAAAAUGGUACAUGUUGCAAAACCGGAGGCGGUGCCGGAGAACUUUGUAUUCGGAAUUCGAAGCCAUGUAGUAACCCGAAGAAGCACAUUUUUUGGGACGGUGUCCAUCUUACCGAGGAUCAAAUGCAGGUCAUGGCCAACAAUGCUUAUAGCUGCAGCUCUCCUGUUUGUGCUAAUCCAUUUAACCUUCAUAAAUUAGCAAUGCUUUGA